AGUGUGUGUCGCACAGGUGCGAGAUGGUCUUGAGCUCGGCUGCCGCCACGCUGCUGGCCUCGCAGUGGUGCCGCAUGUGCGACCUCCCUCCGUUCCUGAAGCCGCUUUGGCCCAGUCCCCUGGAGGGAAGAAUGCAGCUCUGCCUGUUGGGCCCGCGGUUCGCGGCCGCGAUCGCGCUGACUAGACUCCUCACUGCCACGGGAGCCCGCGGCGGCCGCCUGGCGGCAGGUGGCGGGCCCCUCGAGAAGGUCCUGACAUUGCUCAAGGACCUGAAGGCCGACAUCAUAAAGGACGGCGAGGUGGAGCAGCAGAGCUUCGACAAAUACGCGUGCUGGUGCGAGAAGUCCACGGCCAAAAAGGCCGGGGUCAUCGCCGAGGCGCAGGCAGAUCUCAGGGAGCUCGGCCAGAGCAUCCUGAAGGCGAAGGGGGAGGUCGCGGUGCUGUUCGCCGAGGUGGAGGAGCUGGAGGGCAAGAUCAGAGAAGGGCAGGAGGCGCAGAACCAGGCCACAGCCAUCCGACAGAAGCAGAAUGGGGCAUACCUAGCUGAAACAGCGGAAAUGAAGGCGGCCAUGUCCGCGCUCGAGAAGGCGAUAACAGUGCUGGUCAAGGGCACGGGCCCCGGCGGCGCCUUCCUGCAGCAGGGCGCCAGGGCGCGUGCUUUGGUGCGGAGCGUCGUCGAGAAGAUCCCCAAGUUGACAUCCUUCAGCCCCAAGCAGCUCUCGGAGCUCAGUGAGUUCGUGACUGCCAGUGGCGGCGCGCAGGCGAAGUAUACGCCCCAGUCGAUGUCUGUACAAGGGAUUCUCAAGGACAUGUACGAGACUUUCGCGUCAGACCUCGAAAGCGCGACCGAAGCCGAGGCCACCCAGAAUCGUAACUUCGAGGCUCUGAUCGCCGAGAUUGUCGGGCAGAUAAACAUGCACAAGGAGGAUAUCCAGAAAAAGAGGGAUCAGAAGGCAAAGCUGGAGGUGCAGCUUGCCGACGAGACGCAGCUCUACGAUGGCACCAAUGCCCAGAUGAAGGCAGACGUGGAGUUUUUCGAUGAGACCAAGGCUGUCUGCACGACCAAGUCCGACGACUGGAAAGCCCGGGGCGUUGCUCGGGAGCAGGAGUUGGAGGGCGUGACCAGGGCCAUCCAGAUGCUCAGUUCCGACGACGCCCGCGAAUUGUUUGCGCGGGCCAUCAAACCAGGAAAGGAGACUGGGGCUUCGGAUACCUUCGACACUGGCGUCGACAUAUCCUACGCGGCACCGUCGCUGGUUCAGCUGGAUGCGCAGCCCGCCGAGGCCCAGCGCGCCUUCGAGGCGCUCAGGGCGCACGCCUCAAGGGCGGGCAGCGUGCGCCUGGCGCUCCUGGGGGCCGCGGCGCGGGAGGCGAAGGCGGGCCACUUCGACGCUGUGAUCAAGUCGAUCGACGAGAUGAUCGCCACUCUGAAGGAGGAGGAUACCGCCGACAUCGCCAAGCGAGAUGAGUGCAAGAAUGAGCUUUUCCGCGCCAAUAGCACGAUCUCCCAGCUCUCUUGGGAUAUCAAGGUGAACACUGCGAAGAUUGACAAGAUUGCGCAUAGCAUAUCGGAACUUCUGGCAGAGCAGGACAAGACAAGAGAGGAGAUAUCGGAGGUCAGGGAGCACAUGGUGGACAUUAGAGACCAACGAACGGCAGAGAACGGCGAAUUCCUGCAGGCCAAGAAGGACGAUCAGGACGCCAUAGCUCUCCUGAACGACACUCGCAAGGUGCUCUCGAGCUACUACGCCGACCACAACGUGACGCUGGGGCCCCUCCAGGCGGGAGCCAAAGCCCUGGCUCUGGCGCAGAGCUCCCGCGGCCGGCAGGGCCCCGCCUUCGCCGUCUCCGAGUUCGACGCUCCCGACAUCGAGUUCUCCGGCAAGUCGGCUCGGGUCCCGCAGGGCAAGGGCAUCAUCUCCGUGCUCACGAUGGUGAUCGAAGACCUCAGCGAGGAGAUCCAGAAUUCCAUGAGGGCCGAGAAGGAAGCGCAGCUGGAGUUCGAGCGCAUGUACGAGGCGGCCGAGGAGCUGUUCCAGAGCCUCGGAGCGAAGCAGGUGCAGCUGGAGGGCAUGAUCGCCAGGGACGGCGACAGCAAGUCGCAGGAGGAGGCGUCCAAGCUCAGCAACGAGGCCCUCCUGCAGAGCCAGGAGGCGUAUCGGAAGGGCAUCGAGCCCGACUGCCACUGGAUCUUCGGUGCCUUCGAGGAGCGAGCCCAGAAGCGCGCGGUGGAGAUGGAGGGCCUGGUCACCGCCAAGGACUUCCUCGCCGGCUACAAGCCUGGAGAGGAGGCACUGGUCGCCUCGCGCAACCGUAUCCUUCGCGGUGCGGCCAGCGCGUGAGCGAUGCCUCGAGCCCUUGUCAGGAGACCUUGAGAUCCGACGUCGCGAGACACGUGCAGCACCACUGCGAGUCACGACCGGAGCCUCGGACGACCUGCCCUCUGGAGAUUGCUUUUUAUCCUCUGGCGCGCAACGGAGAACGAGGCGCUGGGUCCUGCGGCAGAAGGGAGCGAGGCGCCGUGUCCUGCGGCAUCUCUCGAGCCGCGUCGAGCCGUGGUGGCUCCCUCGAGGCCCGACCCCCCGGGCGGGCAGCGGCACAGGCGCCCAAGGCGCCGGGCACGAGAGCGCGCAGGGCCUCUCCGGGCCUCCCCGGGGGGCCUCCGCCCGCCAGCAGGAGGCGACUGGAGGAGCCCGAAGGACGCGUCGGCGGCCGGGUGGCGUCGGGCUCCUGGGCGUUGCUCGGCCUGGGCCUCGGGAGGCUGUGCUCCGGGCCUCCCAGGUUCAGGCCAAGCCAGGACG